AGCAAUGAGGUAAUCGUGGUAAACAGUAAAGAUGGCGACGUCUAUUGCUGAAGAGGGGCAACGAAGUCUAAAUGGGAUUAUCCCCGACCCCCAGACAAAAAAAUUGACCGACCUGCCGACCGAGUUGCUCGAACACAUCCUGUGCUUCCCUGUCCUCAAACAUGUCGACAUUUGUAACGUUUCCUGCUGCUGCAAGCGGCUACACGACGUUUGCCAUGGAAGGGGGAAGGUCUGGGGACACCAGUACAAACUCAGAUGGCCAAGACUGCAGAGGUUUUAUCGUCAGAAUGAGUGCUGUGACUGGCUCAGAGAAUACAAAACACGCCACAGAGUUGGUAUACAAAUACAAAGGACCGUGGAAUCAAUCUCAAAGAGAUUCUUCACAGAAGUCCCUUGCGUUGGCCAGGUGCUGGGAGACAGCUUUGCAGAGAUUGAGUCACUUGGGAUGCCAGAGCACUUCUGUGAAGAUGAGCUCCUCUUCAUACUCAACUCUGACAAGAGGAAAAGCUUGACCUUGAAGUACUAUGCAAAGAAAAUCCUUUACUUCCUAAGACAGCAGAACAUCCUGAAGAGUUUGAAGACCUUCCUGCAGCAGCCUGCAGAGCAGCAAUCAGCUAUAGAAGGUGCUGUACUGGUGGAUCAGUAUUGUAACCCACUUGCUGAUGUAACACUGAACAGCAUAUCAGCUCAGCUGGAUGAGAUCGCAGAAAAAGUGAAAAAGAUGCUGAGAAUCAAGAACCCCUCUCACCCCAGCCUGCGCAUCGCUCAAGGUGACUGUUUUGUCGUAGAGGACUUUGAGCUCCAGAGGCAGGUGGUGUGUGCCCUAAACUCUGUCUUGUAUGAGCAGCUUCAGUACAAAGGCAACGAGUUUGAUUACUACAACCCUCUCAACUCUUACAUCCACCAGGUGCUACUACGCCGUACAGGUAUUCCCAUAAGCCUCUCUGUCCUCUACAUGACAUUAGCCUGGAAGCUGGGUGUUCAGGUGGAACCUGUCAACUUCCCCAAUCACUUCCUGCUGCGCUGGUGCCAAAAACCAAGAGGGAGUGAGGACAUCUAUGACUUUGUCUACAUCGAUGCCUUUGGUAAAGGCAAACAGCUGACAGCCAAGGAGUGUGAGUACCUCAUUGGCCACCAGGUGACGGCAGAUUACUACAGUGCCAUCAGCACCACAGAGGUGCUACUCAGGAUGGUGGGAAACCUGCUUAACAUUGGCAAAAGAGGGGAAGGCAAUGAGAAAUCCUACCAGCUGUUGAGAGACUCUCUGGACCUCUACCUCACUAUAAACCCAGAUAAUGUGCAGUACCUGCUGCUUCAGGCACGCCUCUACUUCCACCUGGGCAUCUGGCCAGAAAAGGUGCUAGACAUCCUGCAGCACAUUCAGGCGUUGGAUCCCUCCCAGCAUGGGGCAGUGGGUUACCUGGUGCAGCACACGUUGGAGCACAUCCAGCACAAGAAACAUCCUGUGACGCCUGAGGUGAAGAAGCGUAGCGCUCCAGAACACCUGGAGGUCCAGUAUUCGGUCGGCCUCAUCAUGAAACACAAGAGGUCUGGUUAUAACUGUGUGAUCUACGGCUGGGACCCAAAGUGCACCAUGAGUCAGGAGUGGAUCACCACCAUGAGGGUCCAGCAGCUCUCCAAUGGCGCCAACCAGCCUUUCUACAACGUCCUCGUACAGGACGGAACAUGUCGCUACGCAGCACAGGAGAACCUGGAGCCCCACUCAGCCCCCUUGGAGAUUGGCCACCCGGAGGUGGGACGCUACUUCUCCGAAUUUGCCGACACUCACUAUGCUGCCAACGAAGAACUGCAGACACGAUACCCAGAGGACAUGGUUGAAACUUUAGGCACGGUGCAGGAGCUUUACCACAGACUGACACCUGGCUCUGGGAACCAGGACCCAGCUCCUGCCACAGACCAAAACAACCACCAAGCCAUGCCCAUGUAGUAAAGUAGCUGUGCCCAACACCCUGCCAACCCAUACUAACCAAUUACUGUUCAUCCAUUCUCAAGUCACAGUCCAGUUAGUAAACAGGUUUUUGUAAAAAAACAAAAAAAAAACAAAAACAAAAUACAGCCAUUAUACAGUAUUUCAGAAACUGAUGAUUUGGUAUAACAAGAAAUGAUUCACAAAGGUGGUUUUGUAUGACAGUCAGAUGUUUGUGCAGGUAUGGAAAAAUUUAUUAUAACAUUUCCAUGUUUGGAAAGGUGCUGGAAAAUACAAAACAGUCUGGACACAUGUAGUAAAGAUGGUUACUGUUUAUAUUUACACAUAUUUCGAUAUAUUUGUUGUGAAAACAAAGCUCAAAUUGUGAAUUGAUAAUUGACUGCCAUUAUCCAGGAUGCAAGAUCUUCAAAUCCAGCCACAAAGUUGAGUUUGGAAAAAGUGUGGAAACCCAGAAUAAUACAUAAAUAGACAGGCUGAAGGAAAAGGAGCAUAGAUUUUAAGUAAACAGUCAAGUGGAUGAGUUAGUUCAGGAUGGGUAUCCGGGUGUUGUACAUUUCCCUUUACCUAAAAACUAAGGAAUGCUCCUUUAACCAGAGCUCCCCAACCCAUGAGCACACCCACCAGUAGCCUAACAGUCAAACAAGACCCCUCCCCUCCCAGUAUAGUCCGACUCCCCAGUUUCAAUGCCACAAGACUAUACAGAAAAGACUUUGUAAAUUAACUUUUACUCCCCCAUCUUUUAACUAAGUUCCAUGCACUUAGAUGGAAGUUUAACUUUCACAUUUCUAGUUUAUCUUUUUUUUUUGCUUGUAUCUUUACAAGUGAAACGUGUAGGAUGUUACAGCUCAUCAAUGUUGUUGAAAUGGGGAAAAUAACAACCACACAACUGACUUGAAACAGACAUGAUUGAGCUUUGAGGAAAUUACAAAAAAUAAAGCGUGUCAAGUUA